AUGGUCUUACCACCAGGGUUUCAUAGUGAGAAGCCUAAGCAGGUGUGCAAAUUGUUAAGGUCUCUGUAUGGUUUAAAGCAGGCCAGCAGACAGUGGAACUUCAAAUUGACAAAGGCUCUGUUAGAAAAUGGAUACCAUCAGUCCACAGCAGACCCCUCUCUAUUCACCAAAGCCUCAGGUACUUCCUUCACAGCCUCACUCAUAUAUGUGGAUGAUAUCCUUGUUACUGGGACUGAUCCAGAAGAUAUCAAAGCCCUAAAGACAUUCCUAGAUGUGUCUUUCAAGAUAAAAGACCUUGGUUCCCUUCACUAUUUUCUGGGAAUUGAGGCCUUUAACUCUAAUGAUGGGGUCAGCUUGUUUCAAAUGAAAUAUACUCUGGACAUCUUAAAGGAGUAUGGUUUUCUGGAAUCAAAACCUGCUAGCAGCCCAGCCACUCCAGGUUCCAAACUCAAUAAAACAGAAGGGUCUCUUAUUGCUAAUCCUGAAGAAUAUAGAAGAUUGAUUGGCAAACUCUUGUACCUUACCAACACCAGGCCAGAUAUAUCCCAUGCUGUCCAACAAUUGAGCCAAUUUGUUGAUAAGCCCAGAGACACUAAUCUCAUUGCUGCACACAGGGUGUUAAGAUACCUCAAAAAAUCCCCAGGAAAAGGACUCUUCUACCAUAAAAAUUCUCAGCUCAAAUUGCAAGGUUUUUCAGAUUCAGAUUGGGCAAAUUGUUCAGAUACCAGGAAGUCAAUCACAGGCUAUUGUGUUUAUCUUGGACCUAAUCUAAUCUCUUGGAGAACUAAGAAGCAAGUCACUGUCUCCAAGUCCUCCUCUGAAGCUGAAUACAGGGCUUUGGCAUCCACUGUAUGUGAAAUCCAAUGGCUCUAUUAUUUGCUUACAGACUUACAAGUGAACUUUGAUGAUCCUGCUACUCUAUUCUGUGAUAAUCGUUCAGCAAUAGCCAUUGGAGAGAAUCAUGUGUUCCAUGAACGAACAAAACAUAUAGAAAUAGACUGCCACAUUGUCAAGCAGAAGGUUAAUGAAGGAUUGGUCAAGCUGCUACCCAUUCCUUCAAGGCAACAAGUUGCUGAUGGCUUCACAAAGGCUUUGAGUACUCCUGCCUUUGACAUCUUUCAACUUAAGCUGGGCUUACGAGACAUCCAUGCUCCAGCUUACGGGGGGGUGAUGAAGGAUAGAUGUGAUACUGCCAUGUCCAAUGAGAAAGGGUGA